CAUUCCAUUACUUCUAGUCACUACUCCUUCAGCUAUCCCGCACGAACUUACUGCCCAGAUCAAACAUGUAAACGUCUUCCUUUCGUUCAGGGUUCCGUUUCGAAAGAGACUGCCAUAGCAACUCAUUCGGCAUUAUCUGGCUUAUCUCCUCAAAAAGAGAAGAGAUUGAGAGAUCUUUAUGAGCGCUUAGAUAUGGACAACGAUGGUACCGUGGACAUCAGAGACCUAACUGCAGCUCUUAAACAUGAGAUGCCUCACAUCCCAACCCGACUUGCCCCGAAGCUUAUGGCUCGGCUGAGUUCUCGAAAUGAGGAUAAAGUGGAUUUCGGAGAGUUCGUCAAGUAUAUCGUUGAACAUGAAAAGAGACUGGAAGCCAUUUUCCAAGAUUUGGACAAAAACAAUGACGGUAAGUUAUUAUGUCGGGAGCAGUGCGUAGAUGUGACGAUACCUAUCGGAGUAGUUGACCACAUUUUGUUGAGUAACCAGGGAAUAAGGUCGUUGGUCCUACUAUACAGCUGA